CUGAACACUACCCAUGACUGCACUGCUGGGCGCGAGGCAGCGGUGGGCGCUGCUGGGGACGCGGGUGGCCGGCUCUGGCCUCUUACCAGUUGAGGCCAGAGCCAAGGCCGCGAUGCCCGCAGCCCUCCCGGCUGCUGAGGCUUCUGGAGCUGGGCCUGGCAAUCCGAGACUGCGGAGCUUAAAGGACCUUGCUGGGCCAGGACAGCUGCGAUUUUUAUUUGAGUUGUUCAUGAAAGGUUAUGCUUUGCAUCUGCCCAGGCUCCAGGUGCUGCACAAGGCCAAGUAUGGCCCAAUAUGGAAAACCCACAUAGGGCCUCAGCCCUUUGUGAACCUGGCCAGUGCCCCACUCCUGGAGCAAGUAAUGCGGCAAGAGGGCAAGUAUCCAGUACGGAAUGACAUGGAGCUAUGGAAGACACACCGGGACCAGCAUGGCCUGGCCUAUGGGCCCUUCACCACGGAAGGGCACAGUUGGUACCGGCUGCGCCAGGUUCUGAACCAGCGGAUGCUGAAGCCAACGGAGGCUGCACUCUACACAAAUGCAGUGAAUGAGGUGAUCGACGACUUCAUGGUGAAACUGAAACAUGUAAGGGCAGAGAGUGCCUCGGGGGACCAGGUGUCCGACAUGGCUCACCAACUCUACAACUUUGCCUUAGAAGCUAUUUGCUACAUCCUGUUUGAGAAACGUGUUGGCUGCCUGCAACGCUCCAUUCCCCAGGACACUUUGUCCUUCAUCAAGUCGGUUGAGCGCAUGUUCCAGAACUCAGUCUAUGUCACUUUCCUCCCCAAAUGGACACGUCCUCUGUUGCCUUUCUGGAACCGAUACUUGGAUGGCUGGAACAACAUCUUCUCUUUUGGGAAGAAGCUGAUUGAUGAGAAACUCAAGGAGAUGGAGGCCCAGCUCAAGACAAAAGGGCCAGAGGGCAUCCAGCUAUCUGGCUACCUGCACUUCCUGCUGAGCAGUGGACAGCUCAGUCCUCACGAAGCCUUGGGCGCCCUGCCUGAGCUGCUCCUGGCCGGAGUAGACACGACUUCCAAUACCAUGACCUGGGCCCUGUACCACCUUUCCAAGCAUCCAGAGAUCCAAGCAGCCUUGUACAAGGAGGUGGUGAGCGUGGUGCCAGCUGGAAAAGUGCCCCAGCACAAGGACUUUGCCCAUAUGCCACUGCUAAAAGCUGUGAUUAAAGAGACCUUGCGGCUCUACCCUGUGGUCCCCGUCAACUCCCGGGUCAUUACGGAAAAAGAGAUUGAAGUUGGUGGUUUCAUUUGCCCCAAGAACACCCAGUUUGUGCUGUGCCACUUUGCAGUGUCUCGGGAUUCUAGCGUCUUCCCAGAGCCAGAGAGCUUCCAGCCCCACCGCUGGCUGAGGAAGAGUGAGUCUGACUCCCUCAAGAGCCAACAUGCGUUUGGAUCUGUGCCCUUCGGCUACGGAGUCCGGGCUUGCAUGGGCCGGAGGCUUGCAGAGCUGGAGAUGCACCUGCUGCUGUCCAGACUGAUCCAGCAGUAUGAGGUGGUCCUGGCCCCUGAGACGGGAGAGGUGAAGGACCUAGCCCGCAUUGUCCUGGUGCCGAAUAAGAAGGUGGGCCUGCGUUUCUUGCAGAGACAGUGCUGAGCCCUUGCUUUCCUGGGAUUUGUCCCUGAGGUGCGCUAAUUCCUGGCCACUGCUGUGUCCCAGAUGAGGGGGAGAGAAGGUUGCAGCAACCCAGUGCUCCCCACAGGACUCUGAGAUUUGCUGCCUUGAUCAGUUUGAGCAUCACCCUCUCAGAUAAACAGCCACCCCCUUAUCACAUGCCAUCCUUGGGGAAAGACAGAAUAAAGGGACUUUUAUGGAUCAUUGGAAACCUUUGUCAUUCUUUUUGAUGACCGAGAUUUGCAUCCUCUUCUGUGUUGAGGGAACAUCUUCCUCCAAUCUCAGAAUCUUGGUAGGAGAGAGUCAACUAACUCUCUCCUUGGGAACCGAGGACACCCUCUAUCCCCCAGACUACACAGAGAGGUCUUAGCUUUACCUGCAGUGACAGAGGCCCCUGGGGCAGGAAAUGGGGUUUCCGGACAUGGAGCAUGGUACCCUCCUUCCAACAGAAAGUGCUUAACUAUAGGCAGUGAGGAGGCACUCUAGGUGAGGCCUACAGAAAUGACUCCUGGCGCCUCUCCUGGAGGUACUGUGUUGGCCCUGCUCAGGAGGGUUGAGAGUCAAUCGCUGUAACGACUGAUCUGGAGCUAUUC